AUCAAGAGCUCGAUCGGGGGUUAAUUAGUCAGCUGGAAUGGAGUUGGAGAUGAUGGCGAGCCAGCACGGGGCGCUGCUGAAGGUGGGGCUGUUCGUGCUGGUGCAGGCGCUGGUGUACCUCAUCCUCGCCCAGUCCUCCUCCGUCUUCUCCACCACCAAGAACCUCGGCCUCCCCACGGCGCACUCCCUCGGCGCCCGCCGCAUGGUCGCGCUGCUCGCCGACCUGCCGCUCGACGGCGAGCCCCGCGCCGGCUUCGUGGAGCCGUCGUCGCCCGUGGCCCUGGCCGCGCACGCCCACCAGAAGAAGGAUUAGUGAACCGAACCACGAUGAUUCGCAGCGUGGGCAUGGAUCGAGCUGGAGGAGGCAGCUAUCGAGCGAGCAUAUGUCUGCCGAGGUAGCAGUUGGUGCCCGCCGUAGGAGUUCGUUAGCUAUUCGCGCCAUUGUUUGGUGGUCCUUUGAUUGGUUGGUUUCUUCUUUGAGAUUUCAUAUGUAAACUGCACGCCGUCUUGGGUUGUAAAAACCACCAUCUAAGAUUGUGUUUCGGUUAACAGUGCAACGUUUUGAUAAGAGCUUGUGACGAACAUAACACUCACACAUGAAGAUCACAUAACACGAAGAAUUCAUGGAAGAAGAUUGGUUGAUUGAUAA